GGGCCGCAGCAGGGGCCGCUGGAUGAGGACGUGGUAGAAGCCUUCGCCAGCGUGAGCGUGGGGGACCUGUGCCCCGUGGCCGCCGUCGUCGGGGCCAUGGCAGCCCAGGAGGCGCUGAAGGUGAGCGGGGUGGAGGUCCCGGGCCCUGGAGUCCCACUGGUCAUGCUCUGCAUGGUCCAGCAGCCUGGAGCCAUUGGCUGUGAGCUGCUGAAAAACUUUGCCAUGAUGGGUCUGGCGGCGGCGCCAGGUGGGCACCUCACCGUCACCGACAUGGACACUGUUGCCCUCUCCAACCUCCAUCGGCAACUUCUCUACCGCUCGGCAGAUAUAUCGCCGAAGUCAGUGGUGGCCGCGGCGGCUGUGCGACGAAUGAACCCAAAUGUCAGGGUGACAGCUCACCAGAACCAGGUGGGACCUGCCACUGAGAUGCUCUACGGGGAUGACUUUUUCCACCACCUGGAUGGUGUUGCCAGUGCCCUGGACACGCUGGAGGCCCGCACCUACUUGGAGAGCCGCUGCCUCCGCUACCUCACGCCACUGCUGGACUCGGGCACGGAGGGGCCACGGGGCAACGUCCUGGCCAUGGUACCACCCCUGACCAAGCCACUGGAGCCAGCUGGUGCCCCCGAGAAUGACACCUUCCCCCCCUGCACCUUGCGGUACUUCCCCCACACCAUCCAGCACACGCUGCAGUGGGCCCGCAAUGAGUUUGAGGGGCUCUUCCAGCUGCCCGCUGAGCACGUCAACCGGUUCAUAGAAGACCCGGCUUUCCUGGAGCAGCUGCCGGUGGGGAAGGCCGUGGAGGUCCUGAAGGAAGUGCAGAGGAGCCUGCGGGAGCGGCCGCGGGACUGGGGGGACUGUGUGCGAUGGGCCCGCAAGCACUGGCAGAGCCGCUACCAUGAUGGCAUCGCCGAGCUGCUGCACACCUUCCCCCCGGAGCACGAAACCAGCCCAGGUGUCCCCUUCUGGGCAGGGGACAGGAUCUGUCCCCAUCUGUUGACGUUUGACCCCGACAAGGACACCCACCUGGAGUACAUUCUGGCUGCUGCCCACCUCUUUGCCCAAGCACACAAGGUGCCACCACGCAGUGACCGGGCGGCUGCCCAGACCAUCCUCCGCAGCAUGGUCCUGCCACCCUUCGUGCCCCAGGAGAGGCUCCAGAUCCCCCUCACAGAGGAGCAGGAGGAGGCUCAGGUGCCUGCAGACCACAGGCGGCUGGCAGAGCUCACCCAGGACCUAGUGCAGCAGAGGCAGGAGCUGGUAGGGAGCGAGGAGGUGCAGGUGCCUCUGAUGGAGCCCAUCCACUUUGAGAAGGACAACAACAUCCACAUGGACUUCAUCACAGCGGCGUCCAACCUGCGUGCAGAGAACUACGGGAUCCCUCCUGCUGACUGGCUGCCG